GUAGUUUUGUUGUCAACAUUCUAUACCAAUGCAGGUGUUCGCAAAAACUCAAAAAGGAUAUCAUUUUUCAAAAAAAAAAACCGGUCGGGCCCUUCCAAAGUAUCUAAUUCAAACAAAACAACAAAAAAAAAUCUAAAAGCAAAAUCAAGAUUUGUUAAAAAAAAAAAAAAAAAAAAAAAAAAGGACAUUAAUCACUACGAUAACAGUUCGGCCGAUAAGCGUUAACCUUCAGUUUAGAUAAGAUGAACAUAAAUCAAUCGGUUUCAAACAGUGAGACGGACCAGUGCUAGUGCAGGUGUUCCACGCGUUCGCCAUAUGCGGUCAGCAGUUUGCGGUUAACAAUGCGCGAAAGAAAGUUGAACAAAUAUUGAAAUAUUGAAUUUUCGGUUUGAGUUUGAAAAAGAAAAGAAAAUAGUGAACGUUAGCGUCGCUGGUAAUGGAAGGCCAUAUCAAAUGGAAUCAGAGCGUAACGGCAACGGUGUCGUCCAUGUCGCCGACGUCCCUAUUAGUGUGGUUGACAUCGACUAGCAACACUUCCGUAGACAGUGUCGACGACGACAGCGACUCCAAUGUGUACAAUUGGUCGUUCAUCAUCGUGAUGGUGUUUGUGGUUGCCGGCACUGUCGGCAACGUCCUUGUCUGCUUGGCCGUCUGGUUGGAGCGGCCACUUCAAAACGUCACCAAUUGGUUCCUCGUUUCCUUGGCUUUUGCCGACCUCAUCGUUAGCACCAUCGUCAUGCCUUUCGGCGCCACGGCCGGAUUCCUAGGAUAUUGGCCGUUGGGAGUGACUUGGUGCAACGUUUACGUCACUUGCGACGUACUGGCCUGUUCGGCUUCGAUCCUGCACAUGUGCUGCAUCAGCCUGGGCCGCUACCUGGGCAUUCGGAGUCCGUUGAGAGCCAGAGGAUACGGCGGACGAGGUGGCGGCAGUAGCGUUUUCCUGGCUGGAGGCAGCUCCAAACGUUUGGUGGCCGUUCGGGUUGUCCUCGUUUGGCUGCUGGCCCUGCUCAUCAGUUCGCCUAUAAGCGCCCUGGGCCUGAUUGACCCGUCCAAUAUCAUGAUCGGCGACCAGUGCGUCAUCAACAACAGGGGAUUCGCCUUUUUCGGAUCCCUGGCCGCCUUCUACAUCCCCAUGAUCAUCAUGGUCGUCUCCUACGCCCUAACGGUCCACCUGCUGCGCAACAAAGCCCGCCAACACCAACAGCAAUUAAUGCUCAGGGUCGGAGGCAGCGGCUCCGGUAAUUACACGACGGCCGGACGUUUUGCUGGCAAUAAACGCAGUUUUCAUUCGGUCAAUUUCAACGACAACGACGAACAUAAAGCCGUCAACGAAGAUGAUGGGCCGUUGCAGCAGGAACGCGGCACUCAGACGCCCGUCAGCGUGUCGAGAGAACGACGGCGAUUGAUAUGGAAGGAAAGGAUCAGCUUUUCGCCUUCGUGUCAAUGCUCUCUGGCCGCACGAACAGCGGCAGCCGAUGAUGAACAACCGAUUCGAAUAAUCAAAGCCUCGGCAUCGAGUAGCGCGGCCAGUCGUGGCCGCAAAAUUGGCAGCACGACCCAUCGUCGAUCGGGAUCGCUCGUCUCGUCGUCGACGCCCAACAUAUCGAGCGCCGCAACGGUGGCCAACGAGCAGAAAGCCAGCAAAGUCCUCGGCGUCGUCUUUUUCACAUUCGUUCUGUGCUGGGCGCCGUUCUUCUUACUGAAUUUAUUAAUGGCCGUGUGGCCGGCGUGCAGCGCCUACAUCCCCGAACGAUUGGUGGCCACGUGUUUAUGGCUGGGCUACGUGUCGUCGACCAUCAACCCGCUCAUUUACACCGUUUUCAACCGGACAUUUAAGCGCGUCUUCAUCAGCCUUCUGAAAUGCCAGUGCCGCAAGUCGCCGACGUCCAUGUUGGCGGCCUCGGCCAGCGCAACGACCGUUGCCACCGUCCAGCAUCGGUACAGUCGGUGUGCAUCCGUCUUCGAGGGACUGGCCAAUCAACAACAAUCGGUCCUUCCUCCGUCAGCUAAUCGUUAUCGAUAAUUCAACUUGCAUUCCAAAUCAACAUUUCACGCGUUUUCAACAUUUUUGUUUGUUGUUGUUGUUGUUGUUAUUAUUCAAUCUUGUUUAUUGUUAUACACUGCUAUCCGUUUCACAGACCCAUCUAAACGUAAAUAUAAAUACGUAAAAAAAAAAAAAAAAAGAAAUGUGCUCACGUUUCACGAAUGUAUCCUAAUUGUAUAGAACAUGUUUCCCCGUACCAUAACGGCGUUUGGCUCAGGAUCGAAACACACAAAAAAAAAAUGGAAGAAGAAAUAAACAAAUCACGCUCAUUCACGUCUUGCCGCCGCCAUCACCAUUUUGUAUUCACACACUCGUCAAUGUGGCAAAUAAACCUC